CAAAAUGAUAGUUCAGUUAUGGAGUAAUGUGUCAAUAUGCCUUCUACAUUAUAAUUAAUUAUUAUUAUUCCUUAAUUUACUAACAGUUUUUUCCUUGAGAAGAAUAUUCUUGAAUACUUUUUACAGUAUAUGAAGCAGGAUUUAAGUCGAAGAAUUUGUGUCCAACUAUUGCAAACUUUAAAUAUCCUAUUUGAAAAUAUCACAAAUCAAACAGCCAUUUGUAAAUACUAUAAGCCUGAUUAUUUUAUUCAUUUACAAACAUUCUAGAUUACCUUUUAUCUAACAAUCAUACAAAUGCUAUCAUCACACAUCGGUUCGAUUUUACUGAUGAAGAAGUAGAUUUUGCAUAUUUUUAAAAAAUGAAUUUUUCUUCCAGGUGAUGGCAUAUUAUAUUUCAUUUUUGAAGAUAUUAUCGUUUCGUCUCAACUCAAGUACAAUCAAUUUUUUCUACAUUGAGGUAGAAUUCAUUUUUGCAUAUCUUCCCUUUAUCAUCAUGUUGUUUUCCAGUCUCGUCGAGAAUUUGAUUUGUAUGUUGAAGCUAUUAAACUGUUUGCUCAUCCAGAGGGUAUGGUUCGUAUUGCUGUACGUACUAUAACUCUCAAUGUACAUAAAGUUAAAGAUGAAGCUGCUUUAGAAUUUAUUCAUCAUCAAACGUCAUUAAGUUAUUUUUCACAUCUUGUCUGGUCAAUAGGAAAUACAAUAUUAGAUAUUGACUGUCAUAAGUGUCAAAUGAGGCUGAAAGACUUAGUUGCAGAACACAUUGAUCAUUUACACUAUAUCGAUGAUAUUUUUUCAUUGGAUAUAGAAGGAUUAAAUGAAGUAUUGUGUGAUCAAUUAUUAAGGCGGUUAUUACUACCAUUACAUAUAUAUUCAUUAUUUAAACAGUACAAAUCGGAAGCGAAAGCAACGACAACAGCUCGUAAACCUCGCUUAUCUUAUUCGGUAACAGUUUUCACACUGACUCACGUGUAUCUAUUCCUACAUUACCCUCGUUUGAUUCGCUUGCUUACGGAGGCAAUUCUAAUAGGUGAUUUUACACUACCAGGGUUAAUACCUUGUCCUGUAUCAUGCUCAACUUCAUAUGUGGUUUUCAAUGGUUCAACAACUGAAAACUGUUCUGUGAGUUUUACAAAUAAAGAGGAUGACGAUGUAGAUGAUCCUUCACACGAUCCGGCUAUGGCAAUCGCUGAAACACUUGUUGCUGCCACUGUAUCUCUACGUGCUUCUGACCAAGCUGAUCAUGGACAGAAAUUAAGUGCCUAUUUAACUCACUCCGUUACUCCCAGAAACCCAUUGAUGUUUUCUCAGCCUAGUGAAUCGCUGGAAAAUGGUCUAGUUCAAGCUAAAGGUGUAACUCCUACUCUUAUGUCUGUACUUUGGCCGCCUAAUAUGUCUCCAUUGAAGCUAGUAGAGAAAGGCUCUAAAAUAAGUUCAUUAGAUUCUGCCAACCUUCCCUCUGAUCCCCUCCCGGAUUCGAAAAUUGAACUGGCUUCUUCUCCUCAAUGUACAGAUCCUUGUAUAAAUGUAUCUUCUGUCAAGAAAACUUCCCCUAAAGUGGAUGAUUUAUCAUAUGACAUACCGGCAGAUUCACAUUCAGGUGAUCAAACCGACAAAUCAAUUGAACCAGAACUAUCGAAUCUCUCUGGCCGUGUCUUUCUUAGAUCCUUAUUUCGUUCAUUGGAAGUUGGUUCCGGUUCAGAUCAAGAUGCUUUAUUUUCUAUUCUCCUUUUAAUUGCUAUGAGAUCUAACGAAGGUAUUGAUGUACCCACUUUGGAACUUGCUCAGUUGAAUGGUCCUGAUGUUAAACCGUCAUAUAACCAUACACUUGUUACAAAGCUAAUCGAGUUGAUUGGAGAUGCAUGCAAAACUGAAAGUCAAAUCCGUUUAAUCACUGUACAUAUGGCUAUUCGUUUGUUAACGGAUUUAGUGUAUAGUCCCAUAUUGGGUUGUCGGUUAUCUGAUCAACAUUUUGCUGAAUUGAUUAACGCUCGUGAAGAAGCUAUGCUUGCAUUGAGAAGUUAUUUUGAGAUAAACGCAAUUUUCUUGGAUAUAUUUGAAAAUGAAUUGCGGCGUGUUCAAUCACCACUCCCUGCAUUGUCUACAUUAGCCACAGAUGCUCGUCUGUUAACACCACCAUAUUCACCGUUCAUGUCGAAAUCAGAUGAGACAUCUGAAACUACUAGUACUGAUAGCAGUUCUGGUACAUAUGGUAACAGUAAUUUUAGUAAGACACAAAUGUUGACAUGUAAUGAUAUGGAUCUUGUUUAUCGGUUGCCGCAAAAUGAACGUGAACAUAUCCAACGUGCAAUUUCAAUUUAUCUUAUUGUACAUAUAUGGUUAGAAAAAAUGAAUUAUGUAUUUAAAAUGAAUGAAAUAGCCUGUAAAGAUGUUGAUGAUGUUGGUGUUGGUGUUUCCAUUCAACCAGAUAAUAGUAAUUUUUAUAAUAGCUAUAAAAUAUCUUCAAAUGAUUUAUUUUCUAAUCUAACUGGUAUACCUGGAUUAGGCGGGUUUUGUAAUAUCCCUGAUUUGAAAUCCAAUGUACCUGUAUUAAAGACAGGAGAUAAACUGGAUCUUUCUUCUGAAACGCUAAUUGGGUGUACAGUUGAAAGAUCUGGCAUUCAUGAAAAACGUUUUAUAGUCAGUUGUGGUCAACAAUUGGUUCUCGUAGAGCCAGAUUCAAAACAACUCGGUUGGGGUGUAAUUACAUUCAUUGGACCACUACAAGAUUUGGAGUCCCACUGUGAUCAAGCUGACAGUCGCUGUCUUCACGUGACUAUUCAUGCUCCUGGACACCUCAUGUCUCAAGAUUCCAGUCCUGGACAAUUACGUCGCAAUAGUAAACCUCCGAUUUUAGUUGCCAGGUUUCUUUUUGAAGAUCAUAUACGCUGUAUGACUGCCAGACAACUAUUAUCUCGUGGCAAAACGCUUGUUGAACAGGCGAAACUACGAAAAAUCGCAUCUUUAUUGGAUUUUCCGCCUCAGUUUAUACGGGAGAAAUUCUUGAUUAGUAAUACAACUGCUGGUGGGAGUAGUGGUGGUAACAAAAAUUUGGUUACCGGUGGUCGUCUAGAUUCUUCAAAUGCAUGUGUAAAUAAUUCACUCAGUAGUAGGCGUAUUGGUUCUGGAACAAUGUCCGGACAGUCGCCUGGACAAACGCAACAUCAUGUUAAUAAAGAAGGCAGUGAUAAUAACAAUAACAGUAGUGGUAGUGUACGCUCAGGUAUGAUAAUUUGAACACUAAUUAUUAUUAUUAAGUUCUAAUUUGCACACUUCUUUUUCUAACAAAUCGAAUUAUUUGCGUAGUUUUGCGUUUUAGACUAAAUCGGUUCGAGUAAAUUGUUCAUUAACUUCAACCAACUAAUUACUCGCACAAGUCAUCAGUGGGUGGUAUCUGAUUCCCCCAUUCAUAGUCAUAAGAUGAUGACCUUCUUGGUGUAUUUGUGUUCUCUGAGCUGGAUGCUUUAUUUGCAAAGCUCUCAUUGCCCUACUAGGCAACAUCUUCAGCGCAUACUUGAAUUUGAAGUCAGCUUUUAGAUUUCGCCACGAGUUUAUCAGUUAUCUCUCUUGGUGACCUUGAACGUAAUUGAUUGUUCUUGUGUUCUCACACCCUCUAGGCUACUUGUAUUGGAACUGAUUGUUUCCUCGACCUGAAGUUUGACCCUUUCUGUAUGAGAUUUCCUUCCUAUCGAUUGGUAAAUUUUGUCUAUCUUGAUGUGUUUAUUGAUUGAUGAUUCACUGGAAUACCAGGCUUAUAAAAAUUCUCUAGCAUUCUUGGUGUUUCCUCUGUCUUAUAUUUGAACGUUGUCCCAGUCGAAUUGAUGUCUAUGGUUGUCUGUAUGUAGUGAGGCGGUAUGAGGGAGUGAAUGUCAUGUUUCUUGAUGGCUAGCUUUUGAUCAUGGAUACGAAAACUAAGGGGACAUCCACUUUGACCAAUAUUGUGUUUCCGCAGUUGUUACAGUUUAUUUUGUAGAUAAUAUUGGUUUUAUCUUUCGUUGUUGAGUCUUUUGGUUGACAUAAAACUGAGUGAAGUAAUUUUGUUGGUUUGUGCGCGAUGUCAAUUCCUAAAGGUUUGAAGAGUCUUGCAGUGAUUUCUGAGAUGUCGUCUUUUAUAUAUGGUAGGGUAACUUUCUUUGUGUUUUCCUUGGGGUCCUUUGAUUUGAUGAGUCAGCUUGGGGGUAGAUGUCUUUUGAUGAUAUCCCGUGGAUAUCCAUUCUAUUGGAAGACGUCCAGGAGACACUUUUCUUAAAUUUUUCUUAAGGUAGGAGUGCUGCAAUGAGUUUUGACCGGCUCUCUUGAAUGAUGUUUAUACACAACUGUUUUUGUGUGUUAUUGGAUUGUUGUUGUUGUUGUAAACUGAGUAUUUAGUUUGUGUGAGUUGAUUUUCUAUAAACUUGAGUUUCUAAAUUUCCUGUGGUUGUUCGGUUAAUCAUAUAAUUACCGAAGUAAAUCACAGUGACUCUAAUUAUUCUUGUCGUGCUCAUUAUAUUUGGAUUAUCUUGCAUAUAUUUACGAUGAUUUUACUUUGCUCACUUAUAACACUUUCUAGAUAUACUUGUGACCAUUGUGUAAAGAUUUUUGGUUCAUUUACACCAUCAAACUUUACGAUCAUUAAUUUCUUGUGGCUUAAGCUUUUUCUCUUUUAUAAGUGGAAAAGUCUCACUUGAUCACUUAUAUGAGCGUGACAAUUGUAAACAUUUGCAUGCCUUUUCUCCAAAACUAAUUUAUUUCAGUAAAUAUGCAAAGUAUUCCUGUUUUUUUUUUCUUUGUCUUUUGAAAACAACAUCUACUUUAAGAUAAUCAGUAAUAUAAAGGUAUAGGAAAUAUUAUAGUAAGUAUUUGGAAGAUGUAGCUAGUAUUUAUGGUCAGAAAUUCAAUAAGAAAUUUGGUUGUAUAGGAUGGAAGUGACUACCACCCUGUUUUGUCUUCCUGUUGUUUUUAGAAGGUUUUGUUUUGUUUUUACUCUGAUUUGGUAGUUUCUAUCAGCUAUAAAAAACAAAAUUUUAUUUUUACGACUUUGACCACGAAUUGAUAUCAGCUAGAGAACCAUUGAAAACCAGCCGGGAGUACUGGACAGUUGUUCC